UUCAAAUCGAUUGACAAAAUAAUUAGGCUCAGUCAUUGCAGAGGCAUUGUCCGCAUUUCGCAUACAUCACAAUGAUUGUUAACAAGAAGUGGAUUGUCGGUAUCUCGGUCGUUUUGGUUCUUGUUGUCAUUUUGGGAGUCCUCUUGGGUGUCCUGCUACCCAGACACAAUAACGUCAACAACGGAAAUGUCGACAGCUAUUUCGAGGAACUUCCAGAAACUUCCAAAUGGUACGGCGACGAGGAGAUUCGAAUUCUUCGUCAAUAUUUGUCGUUCCCCACAAUGCCUCCUGAUAUCGACUACGUGCCAACCGUUGAAUUCCUAAAGCAACAAGCAGCGAGUCUCGAUCUACCCCUAUCGAUGUAUUAUCCUGUAAACGAAGCGAAUCCAGUCGUUGUCAUGACGUGGGCAGGAUCAGAUCCCAGUCUUAAGUCAAUCCUGUUGAAUUCGCACACCGACGUCGUCCCAAUAUUCGAGGAAUUUUGGACACAUCGACCAUUUGCUGCUGACAUAGACGAAGAGGGAAGAAUUUUCGCACGUGGUGCACAGGAUACGAAAUCGACUGGAAUGUUGUAUUUGGCAGCGAUUCGAGCGUUGAAAAAGGAAGGCAUUCAACAGCUGAAACGAACCUUCCACAUUUCAUUCGUACCCGAUGAGGAAAUGGGAGGAUUCAACGGAAUGGACAGUUUUGCUAAGUCCGCUGAGUUUGCGGGCUUGAAUGUUGGCUAUGCACUGGACGAAUGUUCAGUAUCGCCGACAAACGUACUAACAGUCAUCAAUGACGAGCGAUCUACGUGGAGAAUGGAAUUCACAUGCCACGGCGUAACAGGACACGGUUCAAUUUUAUUCGAAAAUACAACCGGCGAGAAGAUCGCGCAUUUGAUCAGCAGAUUUAUGGAGCGACGACAAGUCGAAAUGGACAAUAUGAGGAAUUCGAAUGCUACGACGUACGCCAAUGUAACGUCUAUCAAUUUGACUAUGUUGAAAGGAGGCGUUCAAGGCAACGUGAUACCACCAGAACUAAGCGUAACGUUCGACGUACGCUUGGCUGUUAACGCUGACCAUGAUCAGUUUCAAAGAGAUAUAGAUCAGUGGAUCGAAGAGGCUGGAGGAGAUAUUACCAUAAACUAUUUGAUACACGAUCCGAAAGUACCCAAGACGAGUGUUGACGAAACUAAUCCCCUGUGGACUGUGCUGGAGAGUACGGCUAGGGAAUUAGGAUUGGAAAUCGUUCCUGGUGUAUCGACAGGCGCAACCGAUAUGAGAUUUUUACGUAGGCAAAACAUUCCUGCGUUUGGAUUCAAUACAAUGAUGAAUACGCCUCGGCUUCUUCACGAUCAUGACGAGUUUGUGUACGCUGACGUUUAUCUGACCUCUAUUGAUACGUACAAACGAGUCAUAUCGAACUUGGGCGACAUAUAGCGCUGGAUAUUCAUUUGUAAUAUUAGCCAACAGUUUGCAUAGAAAAUAAACAUUUGAG